GUUGUAACAUACCUAAGUUCGGCCAUUAUAUAUAAGCCUUUAUUAUCCAACACUUUCUUGGGCGCUAGCUGUUUCGGUUCGGAAUGUCCCAUAGCGGAGGCGCUGGCGCAGGUGCAAACAACGCAACCUUAAGUAGUGCACAGGUAUUCUCUGGGGCUGCGACUGUCUCCACCUCGACCGCCAGCGGAAGGGUUGCUUACCAGCCGACUCGUGAUGAUACAGUCUCGCCGCAGUCGAGCGACCUCCUUAUUUCAAUCUCGGCUCAUUUAGCCAAUCAGCCGUUUCCACAGCAUGAGUCCCACGAGGAACUUCAAUGGGAGGAUUAUCUACGCGGGAUGAAACACGGUAGCGGAAGGGUAGCUUACCAGCCGACUCGUGAUAAGUGGCCGCAUCCGAGCGAAUUCUUUGCUUCAAUCUCAGCCCUUUUCGAAGAUCAGCAGCCGCCGAAGUAUAAGUCCCACGAGGAACUACGGUCGGAGGAUUAUCUAUGCGGAUUGAAACGCGGCAGCGGCAGCGAAGGAGUAGCUUACCGCGGGCCGAUACGCGACCAGAAGUUCCCGUUUCCAAGCGACGUCAUGACUUCGAUCUCCGCAUUCUGGGAGAACCAGAAACCUGGACAGCCUGAAUCCCACGAGGAGCUGCGAUGGGAGGACUGCCAGCGCGGAUUGAGUGCAACCAUUCGGAGGGAAGACCCGAGAGGUCCCUUUAGCAUGCCCACACCCGCCACUGUAGCCUCACCCAGCCCUUCAGACGACGCAUCCAACAGUGCGGCAGCGGCUGCUGGUCUCGCGUCCGUGGAUCAGCCUGCUCCCAGCUUUGCUGCCUGGUUCGUUCGGGAGGCUGCUGCCGGCAGCCAUUCACCAUUGUCUGGCAGCUCUGUUUGGGGGCCUGGCGGCACUUAUGGCAGUAAUGUCGGCGGGGGGUCAGCCGGGCGGGCAGGAAGCGCAGUUACAGUUAGCUCGAAUGAGGAAGGGCCGCAGCAUGCGACGGUGCGUGGUGGAGGUGAGGCGGCAGGAGUUGUUGCAGCAGCGGCGGAAGCAGCAGCAGGACUGUGGCAAUGGGGGGCCACCAUGUCGUCGGUCGAGGCGACGAUACACACGGGAAGUGCGGCCAACACCGGCACUGCUGCAGGUGAAGGCAGCGUUUCCCGCCCUUUCAUUGAAGGUAUGGCGCCGCCGCCACGCAUUGCUUUCGGCGCGCGGGCGAGUGCGAGUGGUGACGACAGGGCGAAUGGCGGAGCCGACCGCGGCACCGCAGCCACUGUGGGUGGAGGCGGCGACCGGAGUUUCGACGACCUGGAGCCGGACUCCUUGUUCCUGUGUCCCAUUACGCUCGAGGUCAUGGAGGACCCCGUCAUUGCGACCGACGGCUACACCUACGAGCGCUCCGCCAUUACCGAGUGGCUGGCCCAACACAACACCAGCCCCCAAACCAACGAGGCAAUGCCGGAUAAUGCCAUGCUAAUUCCCAACCACUGCCUGCGAUCGGCCAUUAUGGAGUGGAAACAGAAGGCCGGGCGGCUGUAGCAGCGUGGUAGUAUGUAGUUGUAGCAGCUAGGGAUGUGCAGGUAUGGGGAAGCAGGAUUGGAUCAUAACAUGAAGGUGCCGAUGUAUCGAUCUAUGGUACCAGGCGUACACGUGCUUUCCUAUGUCCCCUGUUGUUGUGGACGCGGGGCAGAUGGCAGGACCCCCAAGGGGCUUCGGAUUUAGGCGACACAUGCAGGCAGGACGCAUUGACGGGGC